AUGGCGGUGGACAGCUGGGGCCUGGCAGCGCAGCACUCCGACCACGCAACGCUCCUGCUGGAGCUAGCAGCACCCCCGGCGGUACAGCGGGACAGCACGGCGCAGCAGGAGCACACCUCCGCACCCCCGCAGCAGCGCCAAUUCGAGCUGGGGACAGCUGAGCAGCUGGCAGCAGCCCUGGCAGCGGCAUUUGCUGAGCUCAUGGUGGAGACCCUGGAUGGCGCAGGCAUGCGGCAGCGCAGCAGCAACGGCGGCGCCCAGCGACCACACUGCCUCCCCCGCAGCCUACAACGGCAGUACGGCAUCCGCGACGCAAGAAGGGCGCAACGCAAUGCGGUGCAGCAGGCAGCUGUUGCGCAGCAACGUGGCAUCGGCCCUGAGCAGCAGGACGCAGCCCUGCGGCGGGAGGUGGGACGCUGCCGCAACCGCCUGAAGCGCCGGCUGGUGGCAGCGUGGCACAAGUGCCAAGCCCUCCGCGGCGAGAAGCUGGAGCAGCUGGCCAAAACGGACCCACAAGCCUUCUUCUUCAGGCUCAAGCCCCAAGCCGCCAAGCAGCUGAACCUGGUGCCGGAGGAC